AACUUUCAACCAUCUCUCUCAAAAAUAAAAAUAAAAAUAAAAAAAUAAUUCCAUAAGAGAGAGAAGGUUGUUCUUUUUUGAGAGAUCCAAGAAAUAUGGGUGCUUGUGCUAGUGUACCCAAGGCAAUGAAGGAUGAAGCCACCGCUAAACCACUCCCGGAACAACCCAAGGAAGAAAAAACCGCCACCGAGGUUGUGGCGGAGAAAUCUGAGAAGGUAGACGCCAAGGUGGAAGAACCGGCCGAAAAGAAACCGGAUGGCGUUGAUGAGAAGAAAGAAGAAAAAAAUGAUCUCAAGGUGGUAGAGAAAGAGAGUGAGGCACCUAAAGAAGAGUCUAAAGAGGAGAUCAGCCAAUCCAACGUAGUAGAAAAAGAAAAUGCCAAAGUUGAGGUGAUUUCGGCUUCGGACACUGUGACGUCUAAGCCAGAAAAGAAAGAAGAAACUACUGAAAAUCAGAAAAAAUCUGAAAUUGUCGAGGAAAAGAAGUGAUGACUUUAGAACAUGGUUUUCCGUUAGCUGAUUUCUUAGGGAAACUUAAUUCUUUUUUAAUGUUUUAAGCGAAUGAUUGUUGAUGUUACAAGAUGUUUGUACGUAUGAUAUUUGAUUGGUCUAUUUUUAAAUUUUAAUU